AUGUCACGGGCCACGGUUGCAAUCCUCUUCUACAUCCUCGUCGUCACUACCCUCAGCGUGGCCCAGGCCUCAGCGGAGUCACCCAAGGCAUUCAAGGCUGCCACUCUUGCCAAGGCACCUGAGGAUGCUAAGAACGCUGCACCCGCCAAGGCCCCUGAAGCUGCCAGUGCCCCGGCGUCUAGGAAGUCUGGCCUGGCUGCCGCGCCAGCCACCAAGAGCUCCGAGGCCACCUCUACGCCGCCGUCUGCCGCCAACGAGGCGUCAAGCCCUCCUGAGCCAUCCACCUCCGCUGUGUCCCCUGCUGCCGACAGACCUACUGAGGGACCGGCUGAUGCAGAGCACUCUUGUGCUGCUACCCUGGGGACCAGUGCUACCAUUGCCUGCGUUGCCGGUGCUGUUGCCGCCAUCCUCUUCUACUAA